UCUCGCGACCUCGUAGUGGCCGGCUACCUUAAGAAGUUUUAUGUUAUAUUCAGAGCUUGAUCAUAUCCGUAUGAUCAUUAAUUUCAUUUUCGUUGCUGAUUACUAAGUAGUUCAUACAAUAGAAAACGUAUAGAUUUAAAAUAUUUCUCUUUAAUCCAAUUGGCUCUACAUGCUACGAUCUGCAAAGCAUUUGGAUAGGCGUGUGCCCGCUGCUAUGCCUAACGCGUGCCUACCCAUGUCUUGCUGAAACUAGUAUGACUCAAAAGAAAGCGACGGGAAGAUGGCGGUGUCCACAAAAUGCGUGCUUUCCUUUUUUCGGUGUAAUUCAUUUUUAUUUUACUGUCAUUUUAUUUAUAACUAAAUGGAUACUAAGGUAAACAUGCCGGACGAGGAAAGCUUUGGAAUAGAAGUGAUUAUUCAGAAAGGAGACGAUAAGAAGAUACCGUCAUGCCCUCAUGGUCCCACAUUGCUGUUUGAGAAGGUGUGUCCUGGAGAACAGGCCGGCAGGAGGUUUUAUGCCUGCUCGGCUUGCAGAGACAGGAAGGACUGUAACUUUUUUCAGUGGGAGGACGAUAAGGUAUCCGAAGACAAGCGUUUGGCCAGGGAAGCGGAAAACAGACGUAAGCUGCCCGAGUUUACCCAUCAGGAAUACUGCGCCAGGUUUCUAGAGUUUGUCUCUCUGCCCUUGGAGCAGAAGAGAUUCUGUCAGGACUGCCAUCUGCUGCUGCUUCCUGCGGAGUGGACCGCGCAUUCCUCUCACAGGGCGCUUUCUGAUGACAUCACGGUGGCCCGCUUAAGAAGACCCAGCCUGCUGCUCCGCCCCCUGGAAAACAAGAAGAGCAAUGCACAGUUCCUGUUCGCUGACCGCAGCUGCCACUUCCUCCUGGACCAGCUGGCCGGGCUGGGAUUCCGGAAGGUUCUGUGUGUUGGGACGCCCCGACUCCAUGAGCUGAUCAAGAUAAGAAACCUGGAGGGGAAGGAGGUGCCAAUAAGGAGUCUUCUGCUGGACAUCGACUUCAGAUAUGCGCAGUUUUACAGCGAAGCUGAGUUUUGUCACUAUAACAUGUUCAACCACCAUUUCUUCAAUGGGGAGACAGCCAGAGGUGUGUUGGAUGCCUUUCUGCGUGAGGUGGGCAGAGCCAAGGUCGUCAUGGUGACAGACCCUCCAUUUGGAGGUCUGGUUAAGCCGCUCGCUCACAGUUUCUCCCAGAUCUCUGAAGCCUGGAAAGCACUGAAUCCCUCAGGGAACGCCGCGGCGGAGAUGCCCAUGUUCUGGACAUUCCCGUACUUCUUCGAGUCCCGCAUUCUGGAAUGUUUCCCCACAUUCUCCAUGCUGGAUUACCAGGUGGACUAUGACAAUCACCCACUUUACAAACAUGGGAAGACGGGCCGGAAACAGUCUCCCGUCCGCCUCUUCACCAACCUGUCCCCCCGCGACGUCGUCCUGCCCGAGCAGGAGGGGUACAGGUUUUGUUCCUCCUGUGAGCGCUACGUUUCCCCCGGCAACAAGCACUGCCCCGCCUGUGACUCCUGCACGUCCAAGGAUGGCCGUGAGUGGAGGCACUGCUCGCUGUGUAACAAGUGCGUAAAACCAACAUGGCUGCACUGUCCCGCCUGCCAGCGUUGCACCCUCCCAGACCACCCCUGCAGUGGGAGCAAGGUCCAGCCAGGCUGCUUUGCGUGUGGCAGCCCGGGACACAAACGACGGACCUGUCCGCAUGGCUCGAGAGCGCGAGACGCUCGGGGGAGGAGUGAGCCCCCGGCCAAGAGGAGGGGCGGCACCGGCCGGUGGCCGGCCGUCAGCAAGCCCAGAGCCAGCAGGAAGAAGACAUCGGCCCCAACAAGCCCAAAGUCACAUGACCCUAUCCUGCCAUGCGUCACAUGACCAGCACGCCUGUACAUGUGCAUCAGAGAGGAUAUGGCUACAAUGGCGGCUGUACCAAGUGUCUUUACUGUGAAAUGGUGCAGGAGAAAAUGUUCAUUCUUAUUGUGGGGGGAUGGGGGAAUUACAUAUGUGUGUCGUUUGGGGGCACUAGACAAAUUAAACAAUGGCAAUGGUAGUCAGGCUAAUUAGCAUCAAGGGCUAAGUGGUGGGCAAGGUGCUGCUUAGCUGCUCCUGGGGGGCCUAUUUUAGCGUGGUGCAGGAGCAGAAUGGAUAACACUGGGAGGAGCAGGUAGGCAGCCAGGCCAGCCAAAGAUUUAUGUGAUGCUGAGUAAUUAACACGGAGGCAGGCAGGGAGCUGAAUCAGUCGACUGGUUUGUGUGGCCUGCUGAGGGGCCUGCUGGCUGUCCUUGCAUUACCUCCUAGAAUCCACCAGGGGGCGAGUUUCUCACACGCACAGCUCGGUCAUUAUAUUACCCAUACAUUUACUGCUAGGAUGCUCAUGUGCUAAUUCAUCCUGAGGUCUGUGUUUUUUUUUUGUUUUUUUUUUAAGGCAUCUGGAUUUUUGACCCCCCCAUAGCAUCAAAAAAAAGCCAAUCGGAUGCCUUUUACUGUCUGCCAAUACCUUGAUAUUUAACUGUGCUAACUCGUAUUGCCGGUUGUUAUGUCAAACUGUAUAUUGCUGUGACGUUCACUUUGUUUUUACCAACUCGAGCAGAGCAUGCAGGUUGAGGUUUCAGCACUUUGCUCCAUGAUCUGUUUCCUUCAAUGUGCAUUUUCCUUGUCUCUUGCCUAAUAUUUUUUAGUCUAAGAAAUUUGAAGAAAGUUAUGUAAAUAAGUGUUAUCAAACACGGAUUAAAGGGAUCCAAGUCGGCCCUAAAAUGACCCACAUGAGUUUUUCUAGAGAAAAAGCCUCCCCGAAUUGUGUCAAGCUCUCGCCGGCCUCGUGUGAGAAGGACCAGAGCUCUCAAGGUCAUGGGACUGUCGGAAGCUGAGUAGCCAGGAACUGAGGGCCAGGAACUUUCUGGAACCAAAACGCGAAGUUUUAUGCAUAUGAGCAUGGUUGUUAUCAGGUGUUUUUAGUUGGAUCUCUGUGGUGUGCAUGGAAUUAAGAUUAUGUACACAAACAUAACUUGUUGAAAGGGCCUCUCCCAUUUCCUGCGUCAUGUCAGCCCUUGUUCUGUGGCGCUGUUCAAGCUGUUAUGUGUCAGUCACUUUACCGCAUGUACAGGGGGCAGGGUGAUGAGCGAUGUCACCUGUUUACUGGAGGCUGCGCGCGACUCUGGUGGUGAUUUCAAACUGGCGGCUCAGUGUCACGUUUUAAAUAAACGCCGGACUCUUCCAUUUGUCUGCAGAA